AUGCCAAAAAAGGGAGGAAAAAAGAAAGGUGGAAAGAAAGGAAAAAAGAAGACAAAGACAGUUGCAGGAGCAGAUGCUAUUAUUCAGAGACUCCUGAAAAGUUAUGAACGGAAUUGUGCCUUGACUGAAUCUCAGCCAAGUCCAUGGGUUAGAAACGCAUUGAAAGGCUGUCUAGAGAAUGGAACAGUCCUUGAUAAGUUCAUUGUAGAGUCCUCGGUUGUUGAGAAGGAGGGAGAUAUGCCAGUAUUGUUGGAGCCCUUGUUGGCAGCUAUCCGACAGGAACGCUACAUACACAUCAAGGACCUACGUAUCUGGAAUUACCCCAUGUCUCAUGAGAACACAGCUACCUUGGGCCUGCUCCUGGAGAAGCAAUGCUAUCCUCUACGUCUGGUCGAGUGUAUGGAUUGUCUUAUGGAGCCCUACUCUGUAAUGAGGUUUGCUCGGUCAUUCAGGGCUUGUAGUACACUGACAACCAUAUCUCUUGACUACAAUGAAUUUGGAGAUGAGGGAUGCAAAAACUUAAGUAAGGGCAUGGAAGGCAAUGUCACUAUCCUCUCCAUCAGUAUGUGUUUCUGUGACCUUGGACCAGAAAGUGGCAAAUAUCUCGGCAAUAUAGUAUCACGAACAGCUGUCAGGGACCUGUUUCUUGAUGGAAACAAUUUAGAAUGUGAGGGUGCUAUAGAUAUCAUUAAGUUGUGUGCUGAGCAGGCUGACUAUGAGGCUUUCCAAAAGGCAGAGAAAGCCCGACUUAAGGCAGAGGAGGAGGCAUUGAAAGCUGAACAAGAGAAAGAAGGUAGACUGCGAGUCCACUCAGCGGUAUCAGGUGGCAUGACGUCAGGAUCAGAAAAGGAAGACGUAGGAGGAGAUGAGAAAAAGAAGAAAAAGAAAAAAGGUAAAAAGAAGAAAAAGAAGAAGGAUGAAGGUCCACCACCAGUUGGUCCUUGGAUACGGAAACUUCACCUAGCAGACAAUGGCAUCGAUAAUGUUGCCUUUGGCAAAGAAUUUGCACCUAUAAUAUUUGUACGGGUUUUAAAAAAACUGAUCAUGGGGGCUGAAUCUUUAGAGGAAUUGGACUUGGAUGACAACCUGAUCGGAGACUUGUCUGCCCGAGAAAUAGUAGAGGCACUGGAGCAUAGGAAGGAAGAAAAAAUGGGUGGUGUGAAAUUAAAGACAACACACAAGCUACAGGCUGAAACAUUUAAAAAUAUAUGUAAGCUCGGAUCAGGUCUCAAGAAAAAGAAGAAAAAGGGAAAAAAGGUGGAAGAUUUUAAUGAAAAAGAAGAAGUGAUUAGCUACAUGGAGCUAAAUGGAUAA